AUGACUAACAUUAAAGCUGCUCUCAAUGCCGCACACACACGUUACAUUGCCCAUUCACCCCAUCUGAAGUUUCGUGGCCGCUACCCGGCAGGUCGGAUCACGCACAGACGAUCCGGAACAAAGCGCUCCUCACCCUCACAGUGGCACCGGGAAUUGGGUUUGAAACGCGGUGGCAAAAGCUAUGCUUGCCACCCCAACAGCGCGUACAUCGUCGAAAACAGUUACUACGUGACAGACGAAGCGGGUCGUGUCGAGUACGUGUUCGGGCUUUAUGUCAAGAAUUCCAAGGCUGACCGGCAUUUGUACCAGCAAUCGCGUGUCGGUAAACUUGCCGGCAAAGGCUAUCACGGCGGCCACUUGAUCCGUUCCGCUAACGGUGGCUCCGGUCAGGCUAUUAAUAUGGUCCCCAUGGCGGCUGCUAUCAAUGCCACCAACGGCACUUGGGGCAGGAUGGAGGCAGAGCUUGCCAAUGACCUCAGUAAGAUGAGCACCCCUCUGGCCGUUGAAAUCUCCAUCUCCUACCCCGACAGUUCGUCUCUCGUUCCGGCCUCGUUCAGCGUCAACGCGUAUGCAAAUGGUAUUAACGCACCUCCUCACAAGACCUUCGCAAUUCCCAACUGCUGA